GACCUUGGGAAAUCAAUGAGUGAAGCUUUGGGGCCCCUCUCGCGAGAAGUGGCGGCGGGGCGGGCGGAGCCGCGAGAGGGCUGCCCGGGGAGGGAAGCACGUGGGCCUCGCGCGCGCUCCGUGCUGGAUCCUCUGCUGCCUCGCGCCGCUGGAGGCAUGGAAGACCCGAAGGCGCUUUCUCCGGAGGAGGAGGAGAAGCAGGAGAGCGAGGGGCAGCGCGUGCAGCUGAAGCAGGAAGCGCCCGAGGCGCGCGGCGAAGGAGAGCCCGGCUCCGAUUGGAGCAUCCCGCCGCACGCGCCCGCCUGCAUGGAGCGCCACCUGGAUGGGGCCCACUACCGGGCAGAUGGUUCUCUGCUCCUGGGAGCCUCCAGCUUGAGUGGGCGCUGUUGGGUGGGCUCAAUUUGGGUCUUCAAGGACUCCUCCAAAGCUCCCAACGAAGGCUUUUGCUCGGCCGGAGUCCAGACGGAAGCCGGAAUCGCAGAUCUGAAAUGGGUUGCGGAUAAAGGCAUCUUGGUAGCUUCAGACUCAGGCGCUUUGGAACUUUGGGAGCUUGAUGAAAAUGAGACCUUGAUAGUGAACAAAUUUUGUAAGUACGAACAUGACAACAUCGUGACGACAGUGAGUGUCCUCCCCAACAACACACAAGCCAUCAGCGGAAGCAAAGACUUCAGUGUGAAGAUCUGGGACAUCCCACAGCAAACAGUGCUCAACACCUACAGAGCCCAUACUGGUCAGGUGACAUGUGUGGCCUCCUGUGCUGGGAAGGAUACAGUCUUUCUAUCCUGCGCUGAGGAUGGCAAGAUUUUACUCUGGGAUACAAGACUGCCAAAACCAGCAACCCGGAUAGCCUGCAGUGCCUUUAGCAACCUCCCUACCUCACUGAUGUGGCAUCCACAUCGAAGUGACUCAUUUGUAUUGGGUGAUGAAAGUGGAACAGUUGCUCUUGUGGAUACGAAAAAUGCGGAUCCUGUCCUUAGCUCACCUGUGCACUCUCGAGGUGUCACGGCAUUUGCUUUUUCUGCACAUAGUUCACCUCUUUUGGCUUCCAUCAGUGAAGACUGCUCAGUAGUUGUCCUUGACUCUAGCUUUUCAGAAAUCUUUAGAAACCGCUCCCACCGAGACUUUGUGAAAGGCCUAUCAUGGUCACCAUUGAACAAAAGCUCACUGACAACAGUCGGAUGGGACCAUCAAGUUCUACAUCACACUGUUCCAACACAGAAUAACCACCAUUCUGGCAAAAACAACAACAUAACUGCAUAACUUUAUAUGUUCUGUUUUGAAUUCUUCUCCCUGCAUAGCAUCCGUUUGUUCUUGAGUCCUGAGGUUGGAUGUGGCCUUUGCUGUGAACAAGGGUCCAGUAGCAAUUUCAUGUUAGAGGAACCACUUUCAGCCAGUUAGAUUCCCCGGUUAACAGGAUUUAACAAUAAUGUGAAUUGGAAGAGAAUAUCCUUUAUUUUAGUUUUAGAUGUGUUACACUUUCUAGAAACUCCAAAGUUAUAGAGGAGAAUGUUAAAAAGAUAAAGUAGAAGAAGAGCUUACAGUAAUUUCUGCAAUUUUUUUCCAACCAGAAUUACAUUAAUGACUUAAGAGACAUAAGUAAUUUAGCCAAAAGAGUAAAUGAACAUUGCUAAGAAGAUUGGAAUUUUGGACAUUUUUUUUUGUUUAAAGAAUUUUCUUUUAUCCCUGGAGGUUCAUGAGACUCACCUUUUCCAUCCCUGUUUAGGAUAUUUAUUUAGUCUAAACUGUCCUGCCUUACAAAUGCAGUCUUUGUGGUGCAAAUAAUUGUGAUCUACAAGAAGGAAAAGUCUUGACACAUUAGUCCUUGUCAAAUACAUGGGGCUUAGGUGUGGUACUGUAGGUUUGAUUUUUAUAUAUUAUCAGGGAAAUGCCUAGUAUGCAACAGAAGACACUCAUCUCCUGUAAUGCUGCUUUUUUCUUCUUCAGUGUUUCCAUCAUGGAAAGCUAGAACCUACUGGUGAUAUACCAGAUAAUUGCUCAGCUAAUUUUAUGUGUGCCCUUGGAAUUGUGUUUCUUGAACAUUACAUCUUCUUCAACUCCCUAGGACUUUAGCAAUGUAAAAGGAAUUUGUGAUGUUUGGAGACCUGCUGUUUCAGGAGAAAGAUGGGUGCAAAUUCAUUUUUUUUUGUGGGGGGGGCAUGCUAAUUCCUUGUAUCCUAGUACUCUGAUACAAAGAAGUAACUCCUCCCUUCAAAAUGGGUUCUGCGAGGAUACAAAGAAUUAGCUCCUCCCUUCAAAUUGUAUUCUAGUACAACCCAUGUAUGCAUUAUGUUUUGAUUCUUAUCAUCCUAGUUCAGGUGAGGUCAUUUUGUGAAGCUGUGUUGUACUCUUCACCCUUUUACAAGUCUGGAUGCACAAAUGUGCUUCAUUUUGCUGACUUACGAGUAUAGCAUGUGGAUGACAGGUUGUUCCUGUCCGAAGAAAGUGAGAAGCUGCAACUGUUUUUUUUGUUUGUUUUUAAGAUGGCCCUUAAUUUUCCCACCAAUUCUGAAGGGGACUUUGCAGAUUUUGGAAAUAAGGCUCACUGGCUUGGAAAUGGGGUAAACAAAGAGUUAAUCUAUUUUAAAGCCUCACUUUGAUCUCUCCAUUUAGAUUGAAGAAUGCAUUCAAAUAAAAACAUACAAAAUUUGAGGAGAAUGAGUUGAACAGCUCAGUGGUUUUCAAAUCCUACAGGCCUGCUUGCAGAAGCUAAGUGUAAGUUUUGUGCACCAUCACCAUCAGGGUUACAGCAGAGAUGACUGAUUAAGAAGCCAUUUUCCUAAAUAUGUGGCCAUUAGACCUUCAAGGACAUAGGGAAUUUGAAACUUAGGUGUUUGUAGAUUGGUGUAAUUGCUGUGUAAAAUCCAAAGUAUUGGUAGUGUCCACAGCAGUUUUCUGGACUUGUAGUCUAGUUUGUUAUUGUAUGUAUUUCCAUUUUUUGUUCACUGUAUUCACUCCCAGGAUCCAUGAAGGAGUAUUAGGUAUAUUGUGUGCAUGCUGAUGGUGACAUGUUGUGGUUUUAUAAUGGGAUUUUAUCAGGAGACCUAUUGAAGGAGGGGUUUUCCCCCUGUCUGUGAUCUUCUGAAGAAAGGAAGAAAAAAAUUGUCCUUGCUAGUUUGAAGCAAGCACUACUCCAGGACCUUUGUAAUAUAUGAAAUAAGUGAUGACUACAUACAAAUGAGAGCGAGGCAGUUUCUGUUUUGUUUUUGUUUUUAAAUAAAUCUCUUCUAAUUUUGAAA